UGGAGAGGUAGAAGUAGACUCUGCAGAAAGGGGAAAAAAACAGAAACCUUCCAGACCGGAGUGGAGCCUCUCUGUCCCGUGGCGGCCAUGUCAGCCGGAAGCGAAAGAGCCCACGCCGCCUUCGCGAGCCCCUCGCCGGUGUCGGGGGCCUUCUUCUCCGCCUCCGGCUCAAUCCUCUCCGGCUCAAUCCUCUCCGGCUCAAUCCUCUCCUCCUCCUCCGCCGCUGUCACCACCACCACCAGCGCGGGUAGGACCCCGUCCUCCUCCUCCGGAGCGCCCACGAAAAAGAAGAAGAAGCCGCCGUUCCGCCCCGUCGCCGACGACACCAAGCCCGUCCUCCGCGACCCGAUAUCUCGGUCGGACCCGGUGGAGACCGAGCAGGCCGUGCUGCGGCUGCCGCCAUUCCCCUAGGGUACAGGUCCGCACGCCGCUGACCGACGAUGUUACUACCAGGGUUCAAGAAUCAGGUAUCGACAUGAUGAUUAGCUCCUACAUUUUUCUUCUGCGCAAGCCUGCCCAUUGUCACUCCUAUAAUUUGCUCAGACUGUGGUAUGUGUAGUGUACUACAGUACACUUGGCUACUCUGCUAAACCCUGUAGACGAAAAAUCACUCUCUUAAAUAUUCAUUGCCUCAUAGGUUCAUCUAUUCCGUCCUGUUUUGUCUGAUAUGUGUGCGAGAUUUGGAACAA